GGUCUAGAAGCUUCGUGCUUCGCCUCCUCGCCAUUCUUGGCGGGGGACGAUGCAAGGCGUGCAUUGUGUGGUUGUGGCUUCUCGCUAAGGUUUUUUCUGUGGAUGGGAUUUACAUUUUUCCCAUGGAGUGCUUAGUUAGCAGAAUGAGUUUAGUUUGAUCCCUUCCGUUGUGGUGAGCUCACCUGAAGCUGGUCGCUUGUCUAUAUAUUACCCUGCCUCCUGCACAGUGCACACCCCUCUACUCCGCAGCUUGCACAUCUGCUACCUGCCAUCUCUCUGCACCCAGCCCUUUGGCAAGACCUUUCUUCUUAGCUUGUAUUUCUCCUCCAGCAGCAACAGUUCAGUGCCAGUUCUGGUGACUAACUGCAUCUGUAGCGUUGGUAUCUGGGCGCCCCCGGCGCCGGCAGGGGCACAGCCGUGCCACUUCAGCUGGUACAUCGAUAACAACCCAACGAUGGAGACGGCCGGGAUCCGCGCGGCGACCUGGGUGGUGGGCAAGGCGCUGAGCCCGCUGUCUGGUGGCUUGCUGGAGGCAUGGGGUGCCAGUUCCAUGCUUGGAUCCAACAUGGAGGACUUGAAGAUGCAGCUGCUGUACGCACAGGCCAUGCUCAACAACGUCCAAGGCAGGGAGAUCCACAACCCUGCCUUGGGUGAGCUGCUAGACAAGUUGCGGCAGCUCGCGUAUGGGGCAGAUGAUUUGCUAGACGAGCUCGAUUACUUCCGCAUCCAGGAUGAGCUCGACGGUACCCACCAUGCUGCUGACGCGCAUGCUGCAGGCUGUGUCCCAGACCUCGUCCUCAACGCUCGCCAUACGGUCAGAUCUUGCGUGAAUAAGGUCAAGCUACUAGCAUGCUCGCGUGCUGCCACACGUGAUGAUCCUGAAGAGCAACAAGAUGGUGUCAAGCAAGGAUGCUUUUCUCGCAUAUGCUCGUGUGGAAAGUGUGAUAUCUGCUCCUUAGCAUCGUCACCCGCAAGCCAGGUUGGUCAAGAGGUUGACAAAGGAUGCGUGCCGAAGGUUGCCUCCAGUGCUCGCGACGCCGCCCGUACUGUCGGUAAACACUUUCCGUGCUAUUCUUUUCCGUCCGUUCACGAUGAUGAUUCUGACACUAGCGUACGUGAACAACGAUUUGUCUGUGGUGCCUGGCAGUCCUCCAAGGCACCACAGAGGAAUCAUCGUGACGCACAAGCACCAAGGUUAAAGUUUGAUAGAGUAGAAAUGUCUACAAAAAUUAUGGACAUCGUAAAACAGUUGAAACCCAUAUCUGCUAUGGUCUCGACCAUUCUUAAUCUUGAGCUACUUGGCUCCAGCCGUACCACAAGUAAGGAAGCUACUAUGAACAGAGCCCAAACCACCCCACAAAUCGUAGAGCCUAAGUUAUACGGGAGGGAUAGCCAAAAAAAUUUUGUUGAAAAUGAAAUUGUUAACUGCAGUGAAUAUUGUGCACUUACCGUGCUUCCUGUUGUUGGCCCGGGCGGUAUUGGCAAGACAACAUUCAUGCAACACAUAUAUGAAGAGAUGAAGAGCCAUUUCCAGGUUCCCAUUUGGGUAUGCGUCUCUCUAGAUUUUAAUGCGAAUAGGCUAGCAAAAGAUAUUGCGACAAAGAUCCCUAAAGUUGAUAAUGAAAACACAAAUUCGAGUGACGAAGAGCUUAUCGAGCAAAGAAUCAAAGGAAAGAGGGUUUUACUUGUGUUAGAUGAUGUGUGGACACAUCAUGACAAUGAGUGGACAAAACUAUUAGCUCUGUUUAAAAAAGAGGGGGCGAAAGGUAACAUGGUUAUAGUCACGACUCGAAUACCCGAGGUAGCAAACAAGGUUAAAACAACUAAAUGCUCACUAGAAUUGGAGCGUCUAUCUCCUAAAGAUAUUAUGUCUUUCUUUGAAGAAUGUGUAUUUGGUGUCCAGAAACCAUGGGUUGACCAUCCAGAAUUAGCUGAAGUUGGAAGCGAAAUAGUGGAGAAGCUGAAGGGCUCUCCUCUUGCAGCAAAAACUGUCGGUAGAUUACUAAGAAACAAUCUUACAUUGAACCACUGGAUAAGCAUUUUGGAAAAUAAAGAAUGGGAAUCACAAACCAACGACAAUGAUAUUAUGCCUGCUUUAAAGAUCAGCUAUGAUUAUCUUCCUUUCCAUCUACAAAAAUGUUUUUCGAAUUGUGCUUUGUUUCCUGAAGACUACGAAUUUGGUAGGGAAGAGUUGGUUCACUUGUGGAUUGGACUAGAUAUUUUACAUUCAUCCGAUCCAAAGAAAAAAAGAAUUGAAGAUGUUGGACUUUUCUUUUUAAAUGAAUUGGUUAAUUAUGGAUUUUUUAAAAAAUAUAAAAAAGAGGAUGGAAGCCCUUAUUAUGUUAUCCAUGACCUACUACACAACUUAGCAGUCAAGGUUUCAUCGUAUGAGUGUAUUAGCAUAAAUAGCUCUAACGUGAAGAACAUACAAAUACACCCCAUGGUUCGUUACUUGUCUAUCACCGUGGAUAACACAGACAUUGAGAAUAAACUGUCUUUUGAAGAUUAUAAUGAGAAUUUGAGUGCACUAGGGAAGAGAUUGAAGGUUGAGAACCUGAACACGUUAAUGUUGUUUGGAGAUUACCAUGGAAGCUUUGCCAAAACUUUUGGUGCAUUGUUUAGGGAGGCUAAUGCCAUUCGCGUCAUUUUCUUGUCCGGGGUGUCAUAUGAUAUGGAUGAUAUAUUCCACAACUUUGCAAAACUUGUCCAUCUUCGCUACUUAAGGAUUGAGCCAUUGUCUCACUGGCUCUUGUCCUUACCAAGUGUGUUAUUCAGAUUGUAUCAUUUAGAAGUCCUUGAUCUAAGCAAAGCGGAUCGUUGUGCUAUUUCAACUAGACAUAUGGGCAACCUUGUAAAAAUGCGUCACUUUCUUGUGCAAGAAGACAAGUUUAACAUUCAUUCUAAUAUUUUUGGGGUGGGAAAACUAAAAUUCUUUCAGGAAUUAAGGGAAUUUAGGGUGAGAAAAGAGAGUGAGGGUUUUGAACCGAGUCAACUUGGGCAAUUGACCGAGCUUAGGGAAUCAAUUGGCAUUUAUAAUCUUGAAAAGGUGAAAACAAAAGAAGAAGCAAAUGAAUUAAAACUGAUACAUAAAAAACACUUACGAGAACUCAUGUUAGAAUGGGAUCCUGAGCGUUCUAAAAAGAAUCCUUUACAAGAAGAAAAUAUUCUUGAAAGUCUUGUACCCCAUAGCAGUCUUCAAGAGCUAUGCAUUAAAGGGCACGGGGGAACUAAUUGCCCAUCGUGGCUAUGUGAUAAUCUCUCGGUUAAAUGUUUGGAAUCUCUUUGUCUUGAUGGUGUAUCUUGGAAUAAUCUUCCGCCUAUAGGAGAGAUGUGGAUGGUUAAUGAGCGUGGUGAAGAGUAUCAGUGUUAUAGUAUAUCACCUCCAAGCUUUUAUAAUUUGAAAAGGCUGCAAUUAAGCAACAUAUCUAGUUUAACAAAAUGGGUUGGAAAUGGUGCUUGUGCUUUUUUCUCCCACUUGGAAGUGUUCAUCGUCAAAAAUUGUUCCAAACUUACAGAGUUACCGUUUUCACAUCCUACUUGCUGUCAAGCACAACAAGACGAUAAAAUGGCUUGGUUUCCUAAACUACGAGAGCUUGUUAUUGAAGACUGCCCAAAACUAGCGUCGUUGCCUCCUAUCCCUUGGAGGAUUCAUGCUCCAUGCUCUGCUGAGCUAGAAAGUGUGGGAUCAGAUUUUGAGAAGCUCAUUUACAAAAGAAUAGAUGAAAAUGAAGUACGGGUGGAAGUUGAGGGAAAAUGUGGUCACGGUGAUGCGUUGUGGAAUGUGUUGAAUUUCUCUAAUCUAGCUGAUGUGGAAUGUUUGUGUAUGAAGAGAUGUCCUCUCCUGCCGUUGAAUCAUAUGCGAGUGCUAACUUCUCUGAAAAGGAUUGUGAUAGUAGGUUGUCCGAGUAGCAUCUUGCUGUGGGGUCAAGGCGUGGGUCAUGGCAUAUACCGGUUUCCAUGUGAAUACUUUGAAAUCACUCGGUGUGAUACUAGUGGGGAAGAAUUGACGCUGAUACUCUCAUUCUUUCCGAAGCUCUCGAUUUUGAUGAUAAAUGAUUGUAAGAAUAUAACUGAGUUAGGUGUGGCGGAGAAUGCAAAAACUGCUACGGAAGAGCAGCAGCAGACAAGAGGCGAUAAUAACAAGGAAAUAAUAACAGCGGCGACAGCAGCAUCACAAGGACUGCUGCUCUUGCCUCCCAAGAUACAGCACUUGAGAAUUCGGGAAUGUUUCUCCAAUCCACCGAAGGACGACCACGCAGGCGGAGGUGGGCUCCAACGUCUGCACUUCCUGUGCACCUUGUCUAUAGAAAAUUGCCCCGAGUUCUUCACCUCCAUUUCGUCCUCUUCUUUUCCCCCUUUUCCGACCUGCCUGCAACAGCUCACCCUAUGGGGCGUUAAGCACAUGGAGACAUUGCACGCCAUCUCAAACCUCACCUCUCUCACCAGAUUAUACAUGGAAGAACUUGGGGAGUUGAGAGCCGAGGGCUUGUGGCCUCUCCUCGCCCACGGCCGCCUCACAAACCUGGUCCUCCAUGCUGCCUCCGGUUUCUUCGCCGAUCCCGACCCCUCACGGCCGCAUGACAUAGAGGUGUUUUCCCGUUCCUCCAAGCUCUUGGAUCUGGCCACGGGAAGCAACAGAGGAGUCCUUGCCGCGUCGAUCUGCAUCCUCCUCUCUUCCACCCUCACCAGAUUGAAUCUCAGAUUCGACGACGAGGUGGAGCACUUGACAAAGGAUCAAGAGGAGGCCCUUCAGCUCCUCACCUCUCUCCAAGAGCUCAAAUUUUGGGGGGGAGACAAGCUGCAGCGCCUCCCUGCAGGCCUACACGAGCUUAUCAACCUCAAGAAUUUAUGCAUCUGGGAGUGCCCGGCCAUCCAGUCGCUGCCCAGCCUUCUGAGCUCUCUGCGGGAAUUGGAGAUCUACGACUGUGGUUCCCUCAAGUCGCUGCCCAACAGCCUCCCGAGUUCUCUGGAAAUAUUGAAGAUCUCUAGAUGUCAAGCCAUCAAGUCGCUGCCCAACAGCCUCCCGAGUUCUCUGGAAAAAUUGAUGAUCGCCAACUGCAAAGCCAUCAAGUCACUGCCCAAGGACAGCCUUCCAAGUUCAAUGCUAGAAUUAAAUGUCUAUUACGGCAACAGCGAGGAGCUAAAAAGGGCGUGCCGCAAGCUAAUAGGAACCAUUCCGAUUGUCAGAACCUGACCAAUCCAAGGUUUCUCCUUGGAUUUGUAUAUUCCUGUAGACUCCUACAAUGCUCUCUAUGGAAUCAGGGUUUCAGGGUGCCAGCUGCAAGCGUGACAGUCUCAGUUUGUAUCUCCAGCCUGCACAUAAAACUGGCUGGGCCAUGGAGUCAUAAAUUCUCCCAUCUUUGUAGAAUUCUCGGCAUUGAGGCACUGCUCUAACAUUAUAGUCUUGAUAUGGGCUCCAUCUUUGAGUUAAACAUUGUUGCAGCCUUGUAUAUUUCGCUUCAUCCAUGUACAGCGUGCACAUGAGUGUCAUAUGUGGUAUAUUUAUCCUACAAGAUAAAUCAAUAAUUCUGGGCUCCAUCUUGGAGUUUAACAUUGUUUUAGCCUUGUAGAUAUCACUCCAUCCAUGUACAGUAGGCACAUGAGGGUCAUAUGUGGUAUCUUCUUCCUAUAGAUAAAUCCAUUCUGGUAUUCUUCUGCUCGUUCUGAUUGUUUCUAGAUAAGUUCAUUUGCAUUUUGGUCGUCACCCAUAGAGACUUGGUGGUAAACUUGGCUUGUUCGCCCUGUGCGGGUCAGAUCACCAAGGUCAAGGCGUAAUGUUGGAAGAAAUGGGACUCGGUGAUUUGCUACUGAAAUUUAGGAACUUGAACAAAUACUCAAUACUCAUGAUAUUAGUGCUUGCGUGGAGCCAAUUCAGAUCUCGGGAUGUCAUUAGUUGACACAACUAUGAUCCUGGGGUUUUUGGUAUAUGGCUUGUGGUACAAUUAUGGGAAACAGCUCUACUAUAGGGACAUAUCCCUGAAGGUACCUUUGUUCGAAGGUUAGUUAAACCCACUGAAAUGCAUGAUCGCUUUAGCUAUGCUAGAUUGUAUUCAAUGUGCAAGUGUCAAACUCUUGUUGCCUCAUGAGACUUUGGUUAGAGAACUUUUUGCUUUCUUGAUAAGUUGGUAGUCUAGCUUUUGAGCACACUUACAUCCUCUGUAUUCAUUGCCAAUGAUAUAAUAUACGAGAGUGAUGAGUUCAUACAUAUAGUCGUAAAGAUAAAGCUCUUAUUGAUCCGGAAUAUUUUUCUGUCCCACCAAAGCCAAAUAAGAGAAGAUUUCAUGAGCCUUGAUUAUUGCAAUCUGAAUAUUUAGUGCGUAUUGUUAAGUUUGAUGUUCCUCUAGUCUGAAGUUUUUAAAAGCCAGUCAUUUCUUUUGCAUAACCAAUUUUUUCUAGCCCCUCCGACACUUGGCAAUGCUUACCUUGAUCGGGAGAUUGCAUACUCUACCAGGGUACAUAUCAAAAUCCAAGAAUUAAACCGUUUCUUCCAUGUCUUCACACCAUACCUACCUAUAUAGCGCAUAUCCUGCUAUCCCUAGUAGUUGAUUGUGCACACUCACCAAAGUUCGAGAAGGCACAAAAGCCCUUUGUGGUCAUCUUCAUCAACCUUGUGAAUUUGUCAGCAUUGAUGCCUCUCACACAAAAAAAAAAAGAAUAAAAAGAAAAAGGAAAAGGAAAAAAAGUAAAAGGAAGAAAAGGGGGCACCAUAUAGAAGAUUGAAAUGUUCAUCCUCAAACAGGAGGAAAUUUUCAGCAGCGCUUCAAUGUUCAUGUGCAGAAUGGCUAAUCGAACUUCUACCUGUGCAAUAAAGAUAAUGAGAACAUCUAUUGCGUCCUGAGAUCACCUUUCGUUGCAUAGGCCUCUCAAUAAAUUAUUAUGACGCUUGAGUCCAUUCUCUCCCACAUACCCUGGACAUUAUUAUUCCAAUGACUGGCAUUUGAAAAACUUUUUUGUACUGGAAUUGAACACUUAUUUAGCUUUACAAUCUAGAUAUCAGAUAAGCUUGGAAUUACCCUACCAAGCUCUAGAUAAGCUUUCCACAAAUAUAAAGUAGCUAUAGGAAAUACUUUGGCCAUUGGCCAGUGACGGCUGCCAUUAUGUAAUGAGUGUAGUACCGGAUCAUGACAAGAUAAUUUCACUAGACACCUGCCCUUGGAAGGUUGAUAAGGGAAUAAAAGUGUUGGCUACUCUUGUUUUCUUUUGCUCUUGAUGUUGAAGUCAGACAACCUAGUGACCUGGCGUUCUAAAACUUUGAUAACUAUAUUGUUGAUGCUGUUCACUCUCGUAACUCCAUUCUCUCGUGGCAAUGAAUAUGAGGUUUAGUUUAAACUUAUGCUCAAUUGUUAGCUUGCUACUUUGAUAAGUUUGCAGGAAGUGUCUCAAACUGAAGUUUAUGAGGGUCUUAAUAAUUGUUUGCACAUGAACACUUGUUUGCAAUCUAUCUAUGCUAAGCUUUCAGGUAUUUUACAAACACGUGGGCAAGUUGAAUCAGGAACCUAUACCCUGUGAAAGAUCUGGUCUGCCAUUUACUGGAAUUUGAGACAUCUUUCUCAAGGGAAGAAUCUGCCAUGGAGAAGCUUGAGUUGAACCGUACCUUGUAUUUCCCUUUGUAGCCACUUACUUCUAACAAUGUGAUAGUGAAGCGAUAAUGGGUUGUUACCACACAUUAUUUUCCUUCUAGCUUCUAUAGAAGGUUUCCUAUGUAUGAAUGGUGCUGAAAUAGGCCAAAAAAAUUCAUCCGUUCUUAUCAAUAUAAUGCACUGCUUUGCAGUAUGUUCAUAA